AUGCUAGCCAUGUCCACGUUAAUGAUGCCCGCCGCUACCAUGACCACGAUGACGAACGCCGGACCUAUACCAGUUGCAGCUGCGACGAAGCUCGAGCCGAAACUGCUGCAACUGCCGCACCCGGCUCUGAUGCAGCAAGCCCCACAGCAGCACCACCAUCAGCACCAGCACGGGAAUAAUAAUAAGCUCGAACACUACCACAUCUUCGUUGGCGACCUAAGUCCAGAAAUUGAGACGCAAAGCCUUCGGGAUGCCUUCGCACCGUUUGGGGAAAUAUCUGAUUGCAGAGUCGUAAGGGAUCCGCAGACGUUGAAGUCGAAAGGUUAUGGAUUCGUUUCUUUUCUCAAGAAAUCGGAAGCCGAAUCGGCUAUCACCGCCAUGAACGGACAAUGGCUAGGAUCUCGCUCCAUCAGAACCAACUGGGCGACGAGGAAACCGCCAGCUCCGAAAAACGAGCUGAACUCUAAGCCUCUGACUUUCGACGAAGUAUACAACCAGAGUUCCCCAACUAAUUGCACGGUCUACUGCGGCGGUCUCACCACCGGUCUUUCCGAAGAACUAAUCCAGAAGACCUUCCAGCCCUUCGGGACUAUUCAGGAGAUCAGAGUGUUUAAGGAUAAGGGCUACGCAUUUAUUAGAUUCUCGACCAAAGAGAGCGCAACACACGCCAUCGUCGCUGUUCACAACACGGAUAUAAACGGACAACCAGUCAAGUGUUCCUGGGGGAAGGAGUCCGGCGAUCCAAACAAUGCGCAAGCGCAGGGCCAGUUGAGCGGUACAGCGUAUAGUCCAUUCGGUGCCGCCUACACUGGGGGAGUUCCCCCAGCGUCCUAUUGGUACAACACUUACCCGCAACAACUUGGCGGCUUUUUGCAAGGCAUGCAGGGAGUCCAGGGUUACUCCUACGCGGGACAGUUCGCCGGCUACCAGCAACAGUAUAUGGGGGUUCCCGCUUCCAGCAUGGGUGGCGUGCAGCUCCCGUGGGCCCUGGGCGGCGGCGUCGGUGGCGUGGGCGGUGUAGGCGGUGUCGGUGGUGUCGCAGCCAUGUCACAGCCCCCGCAGGUGCUGCACUAUCCCGUGCAGCACUUUCAAGUUCAGCCAAUCGGUGAGGAGGAGUGGCUUGCUCCUAGCCUGCUCGUGUGA